GCUUUCCCGGCAGGACCCGCCCCUUGGGCCAGUCGAGUCUUGCUUGGCGCUCGAGUCGUAACCUUUGCGAGCAGCCGGAGCCUGAGCGGACGCGAACGCAGAUUUCAGAAUGGCUUCCAUCUUGACUUACACUUUUAAAAAUCUUCCCAGUACAUCAAAAUGGGCCCUCGGACUUUAUGUAAGACCCCUGAGCUGUUCCUCCCAGCUACGAGCUGCCCCAGCUGCCCAGACCAAAUCGAAGAAAACCUUAACCAAAACCAAUAUAAGAAAUGUGGUGGUGGUGGAUGGUGUUCGCAUUCCAUUUUUGCUGUCAGGCACUUCAUAUAAAGACCUGAUGCCACAUGAUUUGGCUAGAGCAGCACUUUCGGGUUUGUUGCAUCGGACCAAUGUCCCAAAGGAUAUUGUUGAUUAUAUCAUCUUUGGUACAGUUAUACAGGAAGUGAAAACCAGCAAUGUGGCUAGAGAGGCUGCCCUUGGAGCUGGCUUCUCUGACAAGACUCCUGCUCACACUGUCACCAUGGCUUGCAUCUCUUCCAACCAAGCCAUGACCACAGGUUUUGGCUUGAUUGCUUCCGGCCAGUCUGAUGUCAUCGUGGCAGGUGGCGUAGAGUUAAUGUCCGACAUCCCUAUUCGUCAUUCAAGGAAAAUGAGAAAAAUGAUGCUUGAUCUCAAUAAGGCCAAGACUCUGGGUCAGCGACUAUCUUUGAUCUCUAAAUUCAGACUGAAUUUCCUAGCACCCGAGCUCCCUGCGGUGGCUGAGUUCUCCACCAAUGAGACCAUGGGCCACUCUGCAGACCGACUGGCUGCUGCCUUUGCUGUUUCUCGCCUGGAACAGGAUGAGUAUGCGCUGCGCUCACACAGCCUGGCCAAGAAGGCACAGGAUGAAGGACUCCUUUCGGAUGUUGUACCCUUCAAAGUGCCAGGAAGAGAUACAGUUACCAAAGAUAACGGCAUUCGUCCUUCCUCCCUGGAUCAGAUGGGCAAACUCAAACCCGCGUUUGUCAAGCCCUAUGGCACAGUAACAGCUGCAAAUUCUUCUUUCCUGACUGAUGGUGCAUCUGCGAUGCUGAUUAUGGCAGAGGAAAAAGCUUUGGCCUUGGGUUACAAGCCCAAGGCAUAUCUGAGGGAUUUUGUGUACGUGUCUCAAGAUCCAAAAGACCAACUUUUACUCGGACCGUCAUACGCUACUCCAAAAGUUCUAGAAAAGGCAGGAUUAACAAUGAAUGAUAUUGAUGCUUUUGAAUUUCAUGAAGCUUUCUCAGGUCAGAUUUUGGCUAAUUUUAAAGCCAUGGACUCUGACUGGUUUGCACAAAACUACAUGGGUAGGAAAAGCAAGGUUGGAAUGCCUCCUUUGGAGAAGUUUAACACCUGGGGUGGAUCGCUGUCCCUGGGUCAUCCGUUUGGAGCCACUGGCUGCCGGUUGGUCAUGGCAGCUGCCAACAGAUUACGGAAGGAAGGAGGCCAGUAUGGUUUAGUGGCUGCCUGUGCAGCUGGAGGGCAGGGCCAUGCUAUGAUAGUGGAAGCUUAUCCAAAAUAAUGGAUCAAGAAGAGGUGACCUGGAGUUUCAGUGCAGCAUUCACCUAGCAAUGCCAUUUCAAUGCAUUACUAAAUGACAUCUGUAGUUCCUAGCUUUUCUUAGGAAAACAAAAUCUGUGGCCUUCUGUUAAGUGCUUUACAAUUAAGCCUUGUCAGUGCUCUGAGCUUUCCAGUAAUCACAGUUUACUGCUCCUUCAGGGAUUCCUCAGUCGCCAGAAUCUCACAGUGAUGAUACAUUUAAGCAUUUGUUUUUGGUCUCUAUUCAUUAAAAGACUAAACAAGUGGUUGCAGUUUGGGAAAGAGGUUAGCUGCGAUUUGGAAUCUUCUUUGUAACAUUUGCAAAUUAUACUCAUUCCUAUUUGUAACCUAAAUAAGUGUUUUCUAUAAAAUAUGAGUCAAUGUGCCUAAAUUAACUUAAUUAUGGAAAGAUAAUUCAGAACCUAAAUGUCACUGAAACUUACAGUAAAUGUUUAGAUACAUAAAUACCAUUUGGUUAACCUUAAUAAAGUGGAGACAUAUUGGAGAA